AUGGGUGCACCGAAGCAGAAGUGGGCUCCAGAGGAAGAAGCAACUCUGAAGGCUGAGUCUUUAAACACGGGCUUUGGAAAUGGCGGACGAUUUUCAAAGACCCACAAUUCAAUCGUGUUUUGUGAUAAGUGGAGGAACAUGACUAUUUUGGGGAAUGAAUGGGGCUCCGGGGAGAAGACUAGUUUAGCAAUUAAGAUGAUGGAUCAAGCUCCUAAGCUUGGUGAGAGCUCUAUUGAUGUUCCGUGUAGGUUACUAAAAUUAGUUUGUGCGCCAAGGAAUUCAAUGGCAGAUGAUUCUCUGUUUCACGAAGGAUUCUGGAUCAGGGGCUGCUUACAUGAUUACUCACUAUCUAGAGAAGACCAUGUUGGAUAUCCUAUAGUAGUCUAUAAACAAUUUGGUGUUAUUAACAAGACAACUAUAGCUGCAUGUAUAAAGCAAAAAAGUAUUCAUGCAAAUAACCUCGAGUUUGUUGGGAAUAAAACUCAGCUUGUUUUUGUUGUACCAAAAGAAACGAGAGUAAUAAUCAAGGUAGUACUCUGCCAUAUAUUUACUCUUCCAAUCAAUCUGUCCGCCGCAACCCUAAAUCGUAAGCAGAUUCAGAAUAACGUCUCACCUUGCCUAUCCAUCUCCGUCUCCAUAGCCAAAGGUAUAGAUCUAUGA